AUGUCGGCCGUUGCGAAGAAGGGAGGCAAGAAGGCCAAGGCCACGGUCUUCCAGAUCGACUGCUCCACGCCCGUGGAGGACGGCGUUCUGAAGAUCUCGGCCCUGCAGGACUUCCUCAAGUCCAAGAUCAAGGUGGACGGCAAGGCUGGCAUGCUUGGGUCGAACAUUGCGGUCACGACCAGCAAGGCCAAGGUCGUCAUCACCUCGGACAUCCCGCUGUCGAAGAAGUACCUCAAGUACCUCACGAAGAAGUUCCUCAAGAAGUUCGGCGCCAGGGACUGGGUGCGCGUGAUCGCGUCGGGCAACGACUCGUACGAGCUCCGCUACUACAACAUCCAGAACCAGGAGGAGGAGGGCGACGAGGGCGACGACUAA